AUGGGAAGCGAUACUCGACCUAGUCGCAGAGUCAAGGACGACGAGAAUAGCAAUUCGAAGGGGAAACGGAGCGGUGACAGAGGACUCAGUGCUGCUUCAAUCUCUGCGGCGACAUCUGAUUCGUCUGGGUUGAGAAGAUCUUCGAGGGAGACAUUGACAAAGAAAGUCACGGCUCAGACCUCGCCGAGCGUUUCUGUUAGGAAAUCCGAGCGGCUUGAGAAGAAAUCGCCGAAAACCCCGUCGGAGAGAGUGGAGAAGAAAUGCACGCCGAGUCCUCUUCUGAAGAAGUGCGAUCAAAACUCAGGCUCAUCUCCUAAGAAGCAGAAGAAGAGAAAAAUGGAGAAGAGUGUAAAAGAGCUAACAUCAGAGACUGAGGAAGUUGGUAGAAGUGAAAGGCGCGAUUCGGAACUGAAAAGGAAUAGACUGGAUGGUCGAUCCUACAAGGCAAUGUUCUUCAAGAAACAGCUGAACAAGGUUAAAGCAUCAGAUGAUAGUGAGAAGCAUGCAAGAGAGAAUAUGUUCUCUCAGGGAGAUAGCAACAAUUGCCGAGGCGAUGGGAUCAACAAGUGUGUUGAAAGGAGGUUGGGGGAAUUGGGUGACGAUGGUGGAACAACUGAAAAUGCUGAUGAUGAACUGGAAAUAAUACCAGAGAAUUGCUCUGAAGUGGAGAAGGCAAAAGAGCCGGAGUUGGUAGAUUCUCCAUUCAGUGGAAGGAUAACCGAUGGUAGAGGCCUCAAGAGUGAUCAUGAUGUGAUACCUACCAACAGAAAAAGAAUCAGGCUGGAUGAUGCAGAUUUUGAGUACUCAAAGCUCAGGUGUUUGAAACGAUUGUUUUUAUAUCGGACUGGGAAACUCAAGGUUGCAGACUCUCCUAGAGCUCCUAUAUUAUCUCUUAGUGAUUCCCCAGAGGACUAUAUGAACGGAAUACAUUCUCCAUCUUCCAUGUCGGGACUGGCUCUAGGAACUAAAUUGGAGCAGAAUGAUAUUUCUAGGAGCAUAAAGACAAUCCAGAAGAAAUUCCACAAGAAGUUGAAUAAACUAACUCAAAAGCAACGGGAAGAAAAAAAUGAAUUAGUGCGUAGUUUUGAGGCAGAUAAGGCGCGCAUAGAGGAAAAAAAGAAAAUGCAAAUUGUUGUUAUCCGCUCAUGUUUGGAGAAUAAUACUUCAAUGAGAGUGGAUAAACUUAAGUCGGUGGAAAUUUCUUUUGCUAAAGAAUUUGAAGAACUCGAACAGCAGAUGGACACACGCUUGAAGAAGCUUGAGUUAGAACAUCUGGCUGCAAGGAGAAAAAUUCAGGAUAGAGAAACUCAGUGCAUAGAUGCGGUGAAAUCCUUGGUGGCUCUUGAUGAAUUGUCAGGCAAUAGACCUUCAAGUGAACCUAAUGAUAAUACAGGAGAUGUUACAUUGAGAUUUCCUCAGACCAAUAGUUCUAAUGAUGGUGCUAAUAAUAUUGCUCAUGAAAAUGUGAAUCCACCUUCAUCUGAAGAGCAAAUCUGUAAUGGGUUAACGGUGAAUGUGUUAGAAAAGGAGAUUCAAUUGAGAGUGCCAGAGAUGAUAGGUUGUAGUGAGGUUCCAUUGGUAGUGUCAGAGACGAUAGGUUCUGGUGAUGGUCUAGAAAACCUUGUCUCAGGAGAUGGACCUUCGUCAGAAGAGCAAAUCCCUAAUACAACUGCCGUAAAUGUCCCAGUUAAUGAGAUGCAGCCGAGAGUACCUGAGAGUGUAGGUCUUGGUGAUGGUGACACUAUUGGCUCUGUCACUCAAAUGUCACUUGCAGAACAAAAUCAAGACACGGUGAAUGUGUUAGAAGAGGUUCAAUUGAGAGUGCCAGAGACGAUAGGUUGUAGUGAACUUGCAGAACAAAAUCAAGACACGGUGAAUAUGACAGAAAAGGAGGUUCAAUUAAGAGUGCCAGAGGCGAUAGGUUGUAGUGAGAUUCAAUUGAGAGUGCCAGAGGCGAUAGGUUGUAGUGAGAUUCAAUUGAGAGUGCCAGAGGCGAUAGGUUGUAGUGAGGUUCAAUUGGGAGUGCCAGCGAUGAUAGGUUCUGGUGAUGGUCAACAAAACCUUGUCUCAGAAGAUGGACAUUUGUCAGAAGAUCAAAUCCCUGCUACAACUGCUGUAAAUGUCCCAAUUAAUCAGAUGCAGCCGAGAGUGCCUAAGAAUGUAAGUUCCGGUGAUGGUGACACCAUUGGCUCUGUCAUUGAACCGUCACUUGCAGAACAAAAUCAAGACAAGGUGAAUGUAUCCAAAAAGGAGGUUCAAUUGAGAGUGCCAGAGACGAUAGGUUGUAGUGAGGUUCCAUUGGGUGUGCUAGAGACGAUAGGCUCUGGUGAUAGUCUAGAAAACCUAGUCUCAGGAGAUGGAACUUUGUCAGAAGAGCAAAUCCCUUUUACAACUGCCGUAAGUGACCCAAUUAAUAAGAUGCAGCCAAGAGUACCUGAGAAUGUAAGUUCUGGUGAUGGUGACAGCGUUGGUUCUGUCACUCAAAUGUCACUUGCAGAACAAAUCCCAGACACAGCCACAUUAAACGUUCCAGGUGGAGAAAAUACAUUAGUGCCUGAAGCUUCUUGUGAUGCAGUGGAAGUUAGUCAAACCAGCAUAGAGAAUAAUGAAACACAGACUGUGGCAUCAAAUAAGAUUACUGGCAUGAACCAGCAGGAUAUAGUGGAUAACGCUUUUGAUCAGAACUCUCCGCUUCAGGAGUUGUCUCUGGGGAACUUACCUAGUGUGCAUCCCGCAAUAGCCAUGAUUUAUGGUGAUCUAAUGUCAGCUAAUCAGGCAUGCAAAGAUGAAUAUACUCUACCAUCUAUAUCCUGUGGAAUGCAACUUGGAGAUGUCCCACCUCGUGAUGAGCAGAAUGCAACUGAAGUUAUGCAGUUGUCUCUGGGGAACUCACCUAGUGUGCAUCCUGCCAUAGCCAUGAUUGAUGGUGAUCCAAUGUCAGUUAAUCAGGCACGCGGAGAUGAAUGUACUCUACCAUCUAUAUCCUGUGCAAUGCAACUUGGAGAUGUCCCACCUUGUGAUGAGCAGAAUGCGACUGCAGUUGUAUGUUCAGUGUCCCAAACAGUUGAACCUGCACUGUCCUACCAAUCUGAUCAUGAAGCAAUGGUCUCUGAGCCUGCUGUGCAAGUGCAUCUGUCACCGCCCUCUAAUUCACCUCGUAGCUUUAAUGCAGCUGCUGUACCUUUUGUUGGGGAAGUUGCAAAUUUGCCAAGUAGUGAAGGUUGUACCUUUAAUCCGGCCACAGAACUUGUUAUGAACCCUCCUCUCGUGUUAAACCCUCCUAUGCCCUGCUUUUGA